UAAUGGCAUGAGAUAGCGUACCGUUGGAAAGUGAUCUUUCUGUUCAAUUUUCUCCACACAGACAAAGUCAUGUGGCUGUAAAACCAAGCCAGCCAUCAACAGGGCCAUCACCGGUUGAUCAUCUCCGCCCCUGAUUCAAGGAAUGGAAGCUCUGAUUUAUCAGUUCACAAUUCUCUCCGAUGAGGCUCUUCAAGACAAGAACUUUGAUCCAUCUACAAUAGAAGAUCUCAUGAGGCUCUUCGAACUGGAGUCCUACAAGGCCUGGGCGGCCAUGGAGCUUGAACAGGAAAAAGAAGUGCAAGAAGCUGAGAGUUGCGUGGAAGAAGCUGAGGAAUAUCUUGACUCUGUCAUGGAGAGUGCCAUGGAGGAAUUUCGUCGGUUCGAGGAGGAAAUGAACAGGGCUUGCCAGGCUGAAUAUGAUAGCUUAGUUAAUGUGGCUGAAAGUGCAAGGAAGAUGGGAAGGUCUUUGGAAAAAGCAGCUACAAAUGCUUCCAAGAAGUAUAUUGAAGCUGCAAUGAACUCAGCUACUGCAUCAAUGAAAUCAGCGAUGAAAGCCCUUUCUUCUAAAUAUAAAAAGGUUCAUCCAUCUUAGGUCAAUUAUCAUUUUCUCUGCUCCCUGUUAAUUGUUGGUGGCUUUUGGACUUUCCAGCGACAAUACACUAGUACCUGGCUAGAUCCCUUUCAAUGGAUCUAAGAAUUGGUUUGAUUGUGCUCCUGACAUUGGUAAUAAUCUUACUGAUAUCAUGAUUUACAGUCUGUUUUGUCAUCAUCUGAUAAAAGAUGCUCCAGUAGAAGGAUAUUAACUCCUUUGAAUAUUUGAAUAUUUCUGGGUAUUUUCGUCCAUUGAAUCUACUUGGCUAUUAGGAUUAGUGAACCUGUAAACUGUUUAUUACCCAGUGGGAAAGAAAGCAAGUGGUAGAGAAAACCUUUUAUUGCUUAAAUGUGUGAUCUUAUGUUUUCACUCGGCGACAGAAGUUUGUCAUGGCUAAUGAAGAAAGUCUUCACCUCAAAGUUCCUGAAGUGCUUGUUGAUGCUCAAAUUUAGAAUUUGGGUCACAAUUCCCAGGUCCUUUUAUGUCUAGAAAGUUUACAAUCUCUCUGAUUUUAUUUGUUUCACAAUAAUGUAAGAGGAUCUAAACCUAUAAUUUAUCCCAAGAUAAUCACUCUGAAUAAAGAAAGCUCUAAAUCGUCUGUUUCAA